GUGUCACCGAAGGCUUCGUUUCUAGUUUACAGGUAUGAAAGUUAGUGUGUUGAAUUUCGUUGGAAAAUUUAUAGUGUUUUUAUUUUUAUCGAUGCUAAUAUGUAAUGUAAUUACUAAUACACAAGUCUUUACAAAGGUUUGUUCUUAUUGACAAUGGAGACCCAAAAUUCUUAAACUUUCUUAGACCCAACCCAUCUUCUUCUUCUUCUUCUUCAACACCCUCCUCAACCCUCAAUCCCAUGGCAACCACCCCAAAACCCCAGCGAUCACCCGAAGAAAUCGAGGACAUAAUCCUCCGCAAAAUCUUUCUCGUAACCCUAAUCGACUCAAUGAACAACAACGACCCACGAAUCGUUUACUUGGAGAUGACGGCAGCUGAGAUAUUAAGCGAAGGUGGUGACUUGAAACUCUCUAAAGAUUUAAUGGAACGAGUCCUUGUUGAUCGUCUCUCUGGUAAUUUCACAUCUGCAGAACCCCCUUUUCAAUACCUAACUGCGAUUUAUCGUCGUGCGUGUGAAGAACAAAAGAAGAUUGUUAACAUGAAAGACAAAUCAGUUAGGACCCAGAUGGAGUUAGUUGUUAAUCAAGCUAAGAAGUUGUCAGUUUCUUAUUGUAGAAUUCAUUUAAGUAACCCUGAUAUGUUUCCGGAUUCGGAGCGAAACAAGUCGAAUGUUUCGCCUUUGUUGCCGUUGGUUUUCGCUGAGGUUGCGACUUCAAUUGAUGCUUUUGGUGGUGGUAGUGGUGGGUCUUGUCCUGGAUUUUUGGAUGAGUUGUUUAGGGAUUCGGAUUAUGAGUCGGUUGAGCCGGUGUUGAAGCAGUUGUAUGAGGAUUUGAGAGGGAUUGUGCUGAAUUGUUCCGCGCUUGGGAACUUUCAGCAGCCGUUGAGGGCGUUGAUGUUUUUGAUUAGUUUUCCGGUUGGUGCGAGAGCGUUGGUGAAUCAUCCGUGGUGGAUUCCGAAAGGUGCUUACUUGAACGGGAGAGUUAUUGAGAUGACGAGUAUCUUGGGUCCGUUUUUUCAUGUUAGUGCUCUUCCUGAUCAGAGUAUUUUCAAGGGUCAGCCCGAUGUUGGUCAGCAGUGUUUUUCAGAAUCAUCGACACGACGCCCUGCUGAUCUUUUAUCUUCGUUCACGACGAUUAAAACGGUUAUGAAUAACUUAUAUGCUGGCUUGGCAGAUGUUCUUAGGACCCUUCUUAAGAACACAAGCACACGAGAGAAUGUGCUUCAGUAUAUUGCAGAAGUGAUCAACAAAAAUGCAUCAAGGGCUCAUAUCCAGGUUGAUCCAAUAUCUUCUGCGAGUUCGGGCAUGUUCGUGAACCUUAGUGCUGUUAUGCUUAGACUGUGUGAGCCUUUUUUGGAUGCAAAUUCAACAAAGAAAGACAAAAUCGAUCCUAAAUACGUAUUUUAUGGUUCUCGGUUGGAUUUCAAAGAAUUAACCGCCCUUCAUGCAUCUUCGGAGGAAGUUACUGAAUGGUUAAACAUAAAUAACCCAAACAACGGGAGCAGUGGAGAAAACAGGUUGCUUCAUUCCCAAGAAACUUCAAGUUCCGGUCUGCUACAAAAUAACAAUCCUGUUCAAAGUCAACGUGAAUCUACAAACUAUUCGUUUAUUUGUGAAUGCUUCUUUAUGACUGCACGGGUUCUUAAUUUAGGGCUACUAAAAGCUUUUUCGGACUUCAAGCAUCUUGUGCAGGACAUUCAAAGAUGUGAGGAUAAUCUUGCAACCUUAAAAACCAUGCAAGAACAAACACCUUUACCUCGACUAGCACAGGACAUUGCUCGACUCGAGAAGGAAAUCGAAUCAUUCACGCAAGAGAAACUAUGUUACGAAGCUCAGAUAUUGCGGGACGGAGAUCUUCUUCAACAGGCGUUAUCUUUCUAUCAGUUAAUGGUGGUUUGGUUAGUAGAUCGUAUAGGCGGUUUCAAAAUGCCUUUACCACAAACUUGCCCUAUGGAAUUUGCGUGUAUGCCCGAACAUUUUGUGGAAGAUGUUAUGGAAUUGCUUAUUUUCGCUUCUAGGAUUCCACGAGCUUUGGAUGGUGUCAAGCUGGAUGAUUUUAUGAACUUCAUUAUUAUGUUCAUGGCAAGUCCAGAGUACAUUAGAAAUCCGUAUUUACGAGCAAAAAUGGUUGAAGUACUCAACUGCUGGAUGCCUCGUAGGAGCGGCACAUUGUCUGCCACAAGUACGCUUUUUGAGGGGCACCAACUAUCUGUCCAAUAUCUUGUCAGAAAUCUUCUGAAACUUUAUGUUGAUAUCGAAUUUACGGGCUCCCAUACUCAGUUCUAUGACAAGUUUAACAUACGCCAUAACAUUGCCGAACUUCUAGAGUAUCUUUGGCAGGUUCCUGUACACCAGAAUGCGUGGAAACAGAUUGCCAAGGAAGAGGAAAAGGGUGUUUACCUGAAUUUCCUUAAUUUCCUGAUAAACGAUAGUAUCUUUCUUCUUGAUGAAAGUCUCAACAAAAUUCUUGAGCUCAAGGAGCUGGAAGCCGAGAUGUCGAACACAACCGAAUGGGAACAAAGACCCGCACAAGAGAGGCAGGAGAGAACUAGACUUUUCCACUCUCAAGAAAAUAUUAUUAGAAUCGACAUGAAGUUGGCUAUGGAAGAUGUGAGCAUGCUUGCUUUCACCACCGAGCAAAUUACAGCUCCCUUUCUGCUUCCCGAAAUGGUUGAAAGAGUUGCCAGCAUGUUAAAUUACUUCCUGUUACAACUUGUCGGCCCGCAGAGGAAAUCAUUAAGCUUGAAGGAUCCUGAAAAGUAUGAGUUUCGGCCAAAACAGUUGCUAAAGCAGAUUGUGAACAUAUAUGUUCAUCUGGCGAGGGGUGAUCAUGAGAAUAUUUUCCCAUCUGCUAUAACAAAGGAUGGACGGUCCUACAAUGACCAGUUAUUCACGGAAGCUGCAAAUGUUCUUAGAAGAAUCGGUGAAGAUCCAAGAAUGAUACAUGCUUUUGAUGAUCUUGGUAAAAAAGCUAGAGCGGCAGCAUCUGAAGCCAUGGAUGCUGAAGCUAUUCUUGGAGACAUUCCCGAUGAAUUCCUUGAUCCAAUCCAGUACACUCUGAUGAAAGAUCCAGUCAUCUUACCAUCUUCAAGAAUCAUAGUGGACCGACCGGUUAUUCAGAGACAUCUUCUCAGUGAUGCUUCGGAUCCAUUCAACCGAUCACAUCUUACACCAGAUAUGCUGAUUCCAGACACAGAACUGAAGCAUAAAAUUGAAGAAUUCGUGAAGUCGCAACAAAGGAAGCAACAUGGUGAAGAUGUGAGUAUGCAAAACAGCUCUAAAUCUUCAAUUCAAUCACCAGAUGGCACGAGGCCCCUUAUUGAUUAAAAGCAUUUUCUUAUUUUUGUUUCUUUUUUGUUUAUAUUAGCAUAAUCAAGUUGUAAAAUAUUAAUUUAUAUUAUAUAAGUUAUGGCUACGUUUGAUUGAAAAGCAACUUGUUGGCUUUUUUCUUAAAUAAUAAUUUCAAAACUACAAUUAUAUGUUA